AUGUAUGGUAUUGGCGCAAUUGGUGUUUGGAAAUUGGUUCCUUAUCCCAUGGAUCCAGAGGAAAAUGGAGCACCACCAAGGAGUUUGAGAGAAAAACUCAGUGGAUUUGAUUACGGCGGAAUCAUCCUCGCCACUGGUGGCUUGACUAUCUUCACAUUUGCUAUAACACAGGCCAACUCGUUGACUAACGGAUGGCGAUCACCGACUAUCAUAUCAUUACUUGUUCUCGGAGUAGCCUUUAUCACAGCAUUCUGCUUUUAUGAGACCUACAUUCCUAAAAACCCUCUGAUGCCUAUGUCAAUCUGGAAAUAUCCUGGCGUAGCGUUGUGCAUGUUGAUCAGUAGCUGUGGUUGGAUGGCAUUUAACGGAAUCACCACUUAUUACUGCCCACUUUAUUUCUUAAAGGUAGUCCGAGUUAGUCCCAUUCUGGCUACAGCAUAUCUCACGCCUUACUCCAUAUUUGGGAUAUCAGUAAACAUCUUUGCGGCUUUCACGCUACAUAGAAUUCCCGGAAGAUAUCUAUUAAUUGCUGGUAACUUAGGCUACCUUGGAACUUCUCUGAUAUGGGCUUUGAUCCCCCUUGGUUCAAAUUACUGGGCUCUACCAUUUCCGUCCAUGUUUCUUGGCGUUAUUGGUUCAGACUUAGCCUAUAAUGUUGGAAAUAUCCACAUACUUCGAUCAGUUAGUUCCAAGCUACAAUCUUCAGCAGCUGGAAUGUUUAAUACAAAUCUGCAGUUAUCGAUAACUGUAGGGUUGGCUGCCUCUUCAGCUGUCGUCUCUACUAUCGUUCAAAACCAAGAUUCUGCUUCUCCCGAAUUAUUGCUCAAGGGCUAUCAUGCUGGUGCCUGGUUAGCUGUAGGAAUGUCUGCCGUGGGUCUACUAAUGACACCUUUCCUCAGAAUUGGACUACAGGGAAUCGACGAGAAGCUUCCACACGAUGAAGUUUAA